CGCAGACUAUAUAAAGCCGGGUGGCGGGCACAGGCGUACGUUAUUACUCGCCUCGUCGGUCGUGUUGUGUCAGCGCUCCACGGGAUCGUUCGGUUACUUUCCUGAACAAUGGCUCGUACAAAGCAGACUGCCCGUAAGUCUACUGGAGGAAAGGCUCCUAGGAAGCAGCUGGCCACCAAAGCUGCCAGGAAAAGUGCCCCGUCUACUGGAGGUGUUAAGAAGCCUCACAGAUACAGGCCUGGUACUGUGGCUUUGAGAGAGAUCAGAAGGUAUCAGAAGUCCACUGAGCUGCUGAUCCGCAAGCUUCCCUUCCAGCGUCUUGUGAGGGAGAUCGCCCAGGAUUUCAAGACUGAUCUGAGGUUCCAGAGCGCGGCUAUUGGUGCUCUGCAGGAAGCAAGUGAGGCCUACUUGGUGGGUCUCUUUGAGGACACCAACCUGUGCGCCAUCCAUGCAAAAAGAGUAACCAUCAUGCCCAAGGACAUCCAGCUAGCAAGAAGAAUCCGUGGAGAACGUGCUUAAACUUUUUUUUUUUUUUCCGGGAAACUUGUUUUUGAUCUUAGAUUUUCUUUUUUUUACAAACUGUACAUAAGUGUGAUGUCUCUUUAUUUUAUAAAGGGUUUGUUAACUGUAGAGUAGUUGACAGUAAAUGGGUAGUACACAUUUUAUAUGACAUUCCCUUAAUCCUCAGGUUUUUCAGAAAAAUUUGUAU